AGCCAUCUUGGCUCGAGCUUGAAGCCUGCCGCGCGUGGGCUUCUGGCGGCGUGGCGCGCUCGUGGCGCCCGGGCUGCUCUGUCCGCCCGGCUUGCCGCGCUGGGCUGGCCAGGAACGCCCGAGGAUGUCGGCGAAUGCCUUCAAGUUCGUUGUUCCGGACUGCGACGUAGACUCCACCCUCAGCGUGCCAGCUCCAGACGGGAUGCAGCUGAAAAUCCCGCUGAAGGGCUCGCAGAUCCAGCCCGGCGACGAGAUCUACAUGAGCAAGGGCAGCUCGGGCCAGUGGAGCCUUCAGAAGGCCGUGCGGGGCGCCCCGACGCCGCAGCAGGGCGCGCCCGCGCCCCAGCCCGCGCCCCAGUGGCUGUCCGCCGCCGAGAUGGCGGCGCACUGUUCGGGCCCGGGCUCCGCGGCCGUGCGGCUGGACACCACCAAGGGCCCCAUCGUGGUGAGGGUGGCGCCGGCGUGGGCGCCUCGCGGCGCCCAGCGCUUCCUGCAGCUGGUGGAGGAGGGCUACUUCACCGACAUCGCCAUCUACAGGGCUAUCCGUGGUGGCCUGCUGCAGUUCGGGGUGGUGCAGGA